AUGUACACGGACUCGGACCGGGACUCGGACCGGGACUCGGACCGGGACUCGGACCGGGACUCGGACUCGGACCGGGACUCGGACCGGGACUCGGACUCGGACCGGGACUCGGACCGGGACUCGGACCGGGACUCGGACCGGGACUCGGACCGGGACUCGGACCGGGACUCGGACCGGGACUCGGACCGGGACUCGGACCGGGACUCGGACCGGGACUCGGACCGGGACUCGGACCGGGACUCGGACCGGGACUCGGACCGGGACUCGGACUCGGACCCGGACUCGGACCCGUAG